UGAUUAUAAUUUAGAUUGUAUGCCUCCUCACGGUUAUAUUCACGUGCUAUCCCUGACUGACAAUAUAGCAGAAUUCAGAAAUGCAGUCAAUAAACAAAAAAUUUCUGGGAAUAUUGAUACACCUGAAGGGGGUUUUGAUGCGAUGCUGCAAGCAGCUGUGUGCCAGAGCCAUAUUGGAUGGCGUAAAGAAGCAAAGCGACUGCUUCUGGUGAUGACAGAUCAAACUUCCCAUCUGGCCCUUGACAGUAAAUUAGCAGGGAUUGUAAUUCCCCAUGAUGGAAACUGUCAUUUGAAAGAUAAUGUGUACAUCAAAGCUACGAGUAUGGAACAUCCAUCUCUUGGGCAGCUCUCUGAAAAAUUGAUUGACAAUAACAUCAAUGUUAUUUUUGCAGUUCAAGGAAGCCAGUUCCAUUGGUAUAAAGAUCUGUUACCUCUGUUGCCUGGUACUGUUGCAAGACAGAUAGAAUCACAAGCAGCAAAUCUCAAUGAUUUGGUGGUAGAAGCCUAUCAGAAACUAAUCUCUGAAGUGAAAAUUCAAGUGGAUAACCAGAUCCAAGGUCUUCAUUUCAAUAUCACUGCAAUCUGUCCUGAUGGAAGUAAAAAAACUGGCAUGGAAGGAUGUAAAAAUGUGGGAUAUAAUGAAGAAGUACUUUUCAAUGUAUCAAUUACAAUGAAAGGAUGUGAUUCAACUGGAGGAAGAAAAUAUGCAAUACUUAAGCCUAUUGGUUUCAAUGAAACCGCCAUCGUUAAUGUGCAGAAAAGCUGUGCCUGUCAGUACGGAGACAGCGCAAGGCACAAAAGAGUAUGGGCUGAUGAGACUUUUCCAGAUGGCAAAGAGUCCCAUUGCAGUAACAAUAACUGUAGCUCUAACAGAGAUACGCUUCUUUCUGAGAGGUGCAGGCAACACCGGGACCAGCCCAUCUGCAGUGGUCAAGGAAAUUGCAUAGAUGGAAAAUGUUUCUGCUACAAAAACAAGCUAGGCAAGGUGUAUGGCAAGUACUGUGAAAUGGAUGAUUUUUCCUGCCCAUAUCACCAGGGGAUCUUAUGUUCUGGUAAUGGUGAAUGUGAAGCUGGUAAAUGCAAAUGUUUUGCUGGCUGGGAAGGUGACCGUUGCCAGUGCUCAUUACAAUUGGCAAAGCACUGCCUGGAUUCAAAGGGACAGAUCUGCAGUGGAAGAGGAAACUGUGUCUGUGGAAAGUGUGAGUGCACUGAUCCAAGAAGCUUUGGCCGUUUGUGUGAAUAUUGCCCUGCUUGUAACAAAGCCUGUGAAGAAAACUGGAAUUGUGUUCAGUGCCAUCAUUCUAACAAUGCAUCUCAAGAAAAACUUGACCAGUGCACAACCUCGUGCGCUUACCUGCUGCAUUAUAUUGACCAAACUUCAGAAUGUUUCUCUGGACGAAGCUACUUUAGAGUCUUUUCCAUAAUCUUUAUAGUUACCUUUCUGAUCGGGUUGCUUGUUGUGCUUAUCAUCAGGCAGAUAAUUCUGCAGGGGAGUAGCAAUAAAGUUAAAUCUUCAGCCGAUUACAGAGUAUCUGCAACGAAGAAGGAUAAGAUGUUUUUGCCUACUGUUUGUACAAGAACAGUAACAUACAGGCGUGACAAACCCGAGGAAAUAAAUAUCGACAUCAGCAAGUUACGAUUAAAUGAAACUUUCAAGUGUGAAUUCUGAAGACAGUGUUUUCUGCAAAUGUCUAUUUCCAUCAUGCUCGACUUUUGAAAAGUUACAUUUUGUACUCUGUUGGAGUCUGUUGACUGUCGCCGUAUGGUUUUUUGUCGUGUGUUUUGUUGAGUACUGUAACAAAGUGACAUGUAAGCAUAUUCACAUAAUGUGACAAUGUUUGAAACUAUAGCUGCUGUUUUUAUUUUUUUAAUUUUUUUUUGAAAGAGAGAUGUGCAUUACUACUGUCCAAGAACGUUAGUGUUGAUGUAGCACUUUAGCAUAUUCUAAUUUAUUUAGUUAUGGCCUAGAAUGUAGAUAUGAACUGGUCUGA